GUUCACAACUCUGCCCCGCAAGCGGCUCUCCGAGCCCGUACGGCCAGGAGUGCACGGGGCCGAAGCGGGUUAACACCUGCGCUGGCCCGGGCGCCCCUGGAUAAGCCACAGGUGGCCCCCGGGCGCAGAAGACGGCCGGGCCUCCUCCCUCGGGAGCUGAGGGCUGGCGGGACGCCAGGCGUGGCCGCAGGUGCCCCGGGAGUCAUCCCUGCCCCCGCCGCCUCGGCCCAGCCGCGGGUCGCCAGGCCACAGUGUCCAGGCAACGGCCGAACGCGGGCGCAGUGCCGAAGGAAGGCGCCCGGCCAGCGAGCGGACGCGGCCUGGGUCCCUGGGCGGGCGGAGGCGAUGGACCAGGACGGCCUGGAGGAGGAAGAGGAGAUCACGGCCGCCACACUGCGGGCCAGGCCGCGGCCGCUGCCCAUCUCGGCGCUGUCGGCCUUCAGCUACGUCCCGCCGCGGCGCCUGGACCCCAAGGAGUACAGCUACUACUACCGCCAGGGCCAGACGGGGAUUAUUUCCCUCUACGACUGCGUUUUUAAGAGGAAGCUUGAUUAUAAUCAGAAACUGCACCGGGAUGACAGAGAGCACACAAAAGGCCUGGGACUUCAUGUUAACAAGGAGGAACGAGAGAGGCCCGUGGGCGUGCUGGCCUCCUCCGUCUACGGGAGGCGCAUCCACCAGCCCGUGGAGCCACUGAACCGGGAUUUCCGCCGUGCCAACCACGUGCAGGCUGACUUCUACCGGAAGAAUGACAUCCCCAGCAUCAAGACACCUGGCUUUGGGCACAUCGCUCCAGCCUGAGCCACCCUGCAGCCCACGGGACAGUCAGGUACCUGCCAGCAAGGGAGGCUGCACGGAGAAGGAUGGUGCCGGGGCCCAGUCUACUCUUCUCAAGAUGCUGGGAGCAACAGGGGUGCCUCUGCCUCAUUGCCACACCUUCCCUCAGGGUGCCUGGCUUAGGGACCUGGCUACACGGAUUUCAUACAUGCUCACUUCCAUCUGGUGUGGUGACUGUUACAUGCAUUACUUAGGAUCAAAUGACAGUAGAGGCUGAUCCGCUGUGAGCACCUGAAUAAAAUGGAAACUCUGUUGCACUUGCA